GCCAUUUUGGUAAACCGAGCGAGAGCUGGAAAAAGUGAUAGAGGAAAAGACAACUGUUGUUAUUUUAUUUUUUUCCUUUAUUCUUUCUUCUUCUUUUUUCUACCGGUUGUUGUUCCAGUCAGCGCCAGCCAUCCGCUCCAUCCAACACGGACCCUUCCCCAAUCUACACACGGCGCUCCUCCUCAUUCACUAUAUACCUGGGCUCUUCUCAGCUCACGGCAAAAGAGCGCCUCAGGGCGAAAUUGGUCCUCCAUUUUGUUUUGUGCUUAUUUUCUUAUACCUUUCCUACUUUUCAUCUCCAUCUUCUUCUUCUUCUUUCCCCCUUUUCGGCUCGAUUUUCACUUGUGAUGAUCAAACCUGAACGAGUGGUGGGCCGUUCACAACGCGCCAUAGCGACGUUACCAAGUCUCGGCUGCUACUUAUUCGUUCAAAGUCAAAAUCUUCCUGAAAUAAUCACAUCCGUUUUCGUCCGACAAUUCCAUUAGCGUGUGAUUUCCUGCCGUGGUCAUUUCGUUCCGCAUCAAAAGUGUCGUCCUGUGUGUCCAGUGUCCGUCAUGACAUCACCGAUUGCCUCUUGCAUUAUUAUUCAGUCGCCCUGCUGCUGCACGGGACCAUAUACCUACACGAACAUAUAACUGAUGGCUGUUUCUCUUCUUCUUAGUUGAAUUGCGUUAUUUCUUCGCUCGUUUCCGUCCUCCAUUUUUUGAUAUCCGUCUCUCUCUCCAUUGUGUGGCCUUUCGGUUGACUUGGCCCUGAGCAGCCCCGGCAUCCAGCUAAACAAGCUCGAGAGCGUAGCCAAGAAAAAUCACCUCUGCAAAGUCUAUAAUCAAACUCUCUACGUUGCACAUGUUGCCGAGCUGCUCUCGGCUCGGGUCUUUCAGUUGACUGCCACCUGCACCGGUGUGACUACUGUGACAGUCGUUAUUUGAUUUGAGAAUUCGCCAGCUGUUGCUCUAUUCUUCCCUGCCGAGUUUGGUUUAGUCUUUUGAACAGUGUGAAGUAUUAGUUCGUCCGUUGUUUGGCAAGUGAGAUUUUUAGUGUGCACUAUAGAACAAGUUGACGAGCGUGGGAGUUUUGUAUUUUUUCGUGGCUUCCAAACAUUCCUCCGGCGUGUGUACGCGUGAACGUGUGUAGUAUAGAACCCUCUGCUCAGAGACAGUCGCGAUUGGGCGCCAAGUGCGAACCGUGUUUUCUUCUUCUUCCCUUUUCAGACGCUCAAAAAUUCCAAUUUUUUCGUGACAACCAAAAGUUUGGCUGAUUUUUCCAUUCUUUUUGACUGCUUCAUAAUUCAACAGUCGGCCGGGAAAACUCGACGAACUCGACGAACUCCACAUUCUUUUCAAGAUAUUGUUCUUCUUAUCGCCAACGACCCCCGAGCCCAAAACAGUCACAGGCGAUUGGCUUUUUCCAAAUUUCGCCGUGACGGGAACCCGGAGAAACGGGCGAAAGAAUUGUCGCUUUCAACGGGAGGAAAGCGACUACAAACGGCGCCAAUUUUCCUGGGACCGGCCCAGCCCAGCUGAGAGAGAGAGAGAGGAAUUUCUGGCCAGAUAAUAGAAAAUCAUAAAAUACAAUGGCUGAAUCGUGGGAAAUGACUGGCCGUGAACGACGGUACUCGGUGCCGGCCAUCGCACAGCUGCAAUCCAGCAGCACCCCAACGGCUUACGGCGACAACAGCAACAACUCCCGUGCCAACAACACAGCGGAAGAUCUACACGCCUGGUCGAUCUAUCGGCAAAAUCUCAAUUCGGAUUUCGCUGACUCGGCGCUCGGCAGCAACAUGAAGGCUCCCUUGCCUUAUGGAAAUUUUCAACUCGACUCCACAACUAUCAAUUCGAUCAUGAACCAUCCCAAGUGCGGACCCAAAUCAAAUCUGGCGCACAAUACAAACGCGUAUCUAAAAUUCGGUUUGCCGCGAGUCGUGGCGCGCUCCGGCCGCGAAGAGUCGAGCGGUUACGACUCGAGCAACGACGGCUCGCCCGUCAUGCGUUCAAAAAACCUGCUGCUGUCGCGCAGCGAUCCGGACUUCCGCAAAAACCUCAUCCAGAAUCCAAACGGAGCGGUAGCAGCCGAUGGGCCACAACACGGAAAUAAAAGCAGAAGCCGGGAGCAGCGUAUGAAGAGCAUCAGCGAAGCCAAUCUUUUGUCAGCUGAAGGAUACCGUCAAAGACCAGAUCCAACGAGUCAUCAUCUCGGCGUCGGUGGUGGUGGCGGAGGAGGAGGACUCCAUAGUCGGCCAGUCAGUCAGCAAUCGAAAUAUUCGAAGAUGGGCGGCGGAGGAGGCGGCGGCGGCGGUGGUGGAACGCCAUCGCACCUGUCGUUCCAUUCGCGUCAGCAUCAACGCAGCCGACACAUCCAGGGACUGCCAACCGGAAGUGCUGGCAUUGUCGGAAGCGUCACGGGAGCCGGAUUCAGCGUCUACCCGCAACGAGACGAGAUCAUGCUCAACGAGAAAUACUUUCCGCGCGACGAGUACUUUGCCCAGCAGCAGCAGCAGUUCGGCGAUGGGAGUAACGACGGUGACGAGCUGAUGGCCCACCAGCAGCAGCCUCACAUCAAGCAUCCGCACUUGCAGGUGCGUGGACUCAGCUACGACAAGCCGACAGUGAACCGCAAUCGAAUCCACCUGCUGGACGACAUCUCCUUCGAGGCCAGGGCCGGCGAGAUCCUUGGCAUUUUGGCGACCUCAGAGCGGGAAGGGACGGCCUUGCUGGACAUUCUGGCCAAUUUACCACGGCAGUGGGGCUUUAAAGUGCGCGGUGAUCUGGUUGUGAAUGGCGUGACUACAACAGCGUCCGGCUUGUCGGAUCGAUUGGCCUACGUGCAACAAGACAUCCGCUGGUGUCCGGACAUGACAGUUCGACAGACGUUACUUUUCACCGCCUUGCUGCAGGCGCCUGGCCGGCCGGCACGCAAUUUCGACACCAAAGGCCGAAUCGACGCUUUAAUUACGGAUCUUGGGCUGGAGCCGGUGCGGAAUACGCGCGUUGGCCGUCUGACGGUGUCGGAACGGCGCCGGCUCAACGUCGCCUCACACCUGCUACUCGACACGGAUCUGGUCCUAUUAGACCAGCCGACUAAGGGCAUGGACAUCUUCGACACGUUCUUCCUCGUCGAGUACCUGCGUCAGUGGGCGGCACGUGGACGGAUUGUGGUCCUGACCAUCCACCCGCCCACGUACGAAAUCUUCACCAUGCUCUCCAGAGUGGCGCUCAUUUCUUCCGGGCGGAUGAUGUACUGCGGCCGGAGGCGUGAGAUGCUUCCCUAUUUCGCCUUCAUCGAGUUUCCCUGUCCGGCCUACAAGAACCCGUCCGACUACUACCUUGACUUGGUGACGUUGGACGAUCUGACGGGCGAGGCUCUCCUCGAGUCCAGCCAGCGAGCCGAGCACUUGGCGGAGACGUUCCGUCGUCGUCAAGAGCCACUGUCCGAUCCCGGCCCGCCCGGAAUAAUGCCUCCGCGCAACAAACGCGCCAAUUUCCUCCUCAAGAUUGCCGCUCUCUGGAUUCGAUCACUGGUGUUUACCUUCCCGACCAACUUGCGACGUUGGUUGUCCGUCUUCAUCACGAGCGCCGUCAUGUCUCUCAUUCACGGCGCCAUCUUCUGGAACGUGCGCUCAACUCAUCACGGGACGCUGGCCGAGCAGGAGGACAUAAACGACAGACUGGCCUUCCACUACGUCCUCGCAACGGUGGCCAUUUGGCCCACCCUGAUGCUGAUGAUCAGCGACGUCUGGAAGGAGCGCGACUCGGUGGCGCGUGACGUCAAGGAUCGACUUUUCGGCCGAUGGGUUCACUUCUUUUCCAAGACGACUUCGAGUUUCUUGGCUGCCGGAGGCAUUUUCCUGGGCUAUUUGCUACCAGCCUACACUCUAGCAGGUUUCCACACAACAGAGAGCCUCUUUACUGAGAUAGGUUAUAUGAUGUUUUAUCUUUACGCCGUUCGGAUCAUGACCCUGGCUCUGACGAGUCUGUGCUCAUCAAGGCACGUGGCCACUAUGGCCAGCGCAAUUGCCUUGACGUUGACCGCCCUCGGCUCAGGAUUUACCGUCCAGCUGCAGACGAUGAAUGCGUGGACUUCGUGGCUCCGUUUCGCUUCGCCUCUGCGCUGGACCCUCCAUGCGCUGCAGAGGCUGGACUUUGGCAAUGCCACCCAGUCGUUUGAAUGCUCGCGCAAUCCUCUGACCAGGCAAGAGGCACCCGGCCUUGUGCUGAAGAUUCCGUGCGGCCUAUCCAGCGGGUCGCAGGCGCUCAAUUACUGGGCCCACCAAUUCGACCGAUUACCCAUGGGCAACGUCCUGCUACCUCUGCUGGCCGUCUUGGCCUUUUGGGCUUUGUUCGCUCUGGUUCAAUCGGUCGUCCUAUUGUGUUCCAAGCCAGCCGGCCGCAAAUUAUCGCGACACAAAAAGAUGAAGCUUCGAUAACUUUGAACUGAACAUAAUUAAACAAUCAAUAUAUUGCUCUCCUCUCGAAACCCCGGAGGCUCUCAAUUUUCCAUAGUAUAUAAUUAAAAUAGGCUGACGACGACGAUUUGUGUAUGUGUAUUUUUGUCAUAUUAUAUACAUGCUUAGAAAGACAAAAAAGGCAGCGCUGUAUUGGGUGCUGUCGAAUUAAACGAGCAAGCGCAACGCUAAAAGACA